UAUUUAUGUGGUUUAGUUUUAACUGACUGAUUCUACAAAUAAAGGUGCAGAGUGUUUUGUCUUUGGAGGUAUUCGUGAAUCUGCGGAUCUAAAGCAGGAAGAAGGAAGUUGCAUUGCUUAGGCGGUAGAUUGAAAACAGCACAGCAGACGAUUUAUUUGGUAGAACCAAGCAGGUCGGGGGAAAUCGCAUUGAACAACGACAGGUCUGGAAAAAACCCUUGUUAUGAAUUCCUGGGACCCCAUUGCUUACACGGUGACACCGGCUGCUAAGAUUUUAGCCAGAUGUGUAACAGCCGGCACCAUGACACAGGAGGAGCUUGAUGCUGUGCCACGGGAUUCAGAAAUCUUCUCCUCAUCUUUACUGGAAGCUGAGCAGCUGAACAGAAUCAGACAAGAUCUUGAUCAGGCUAAUUUAGAUUUAGAGCUGUUGAAUCUGGAAAGAGACUGUGCAGACGUUGCUCACAAUCAUUAUCUCAGUCGAAGGUUUGCUUCCUUGCAACAGUUCACUUCUCACCUUCAGGAGGUGCUGCGAGAACAGACAGUCCUGCGAGAGAGACUCACAAAGCCUCUGUGUCAGCAGAACCUGCCCAUUCAGGCUGAUCUGCACAGGUAUGUGGUAGAGCUCAUGCGGAUGGUGGCGGAGUUCAUUCAGAACUUGGAUGUGAAAAUUGAGAUGGUUCGAGCAAUUCCGACCACUGACCAUCAUUUAACUAAUCUGAGCAAUGCCAGAACUCAACUGUUGGCUCAGGUCACUGAGGUCGAGAACCUGUACAAGCAAGUCCUUAAGCGGCGAGGACAACCACAGACCAGUAUUAAGGACAUGUCUAGCUGAAUAAAGAAUUUAGAAAUAAAAUGACCACAUCUGUUAUUAGGUAUAGUAUAGAUUUACUGAAUCAUUUUUUCUGUAGACAUCUAACAAACUUGCAUAGUUUCUAAAAGAACUGAGUGGAUUUUAUAUUUCAAAUACUUAGCAAUAUGUAAAUAUACAUGUUUAUUUUUGUCUUUUGUGUAUCCGUUAAAUAAUUGCAAUGAAAUGUUCCAUAUUUUAAGCUAAAAUUUGAGGGUUUUGUUUGCCAUGAGUGUAAAAUAAGUCGUGAAUGGUUGGAUCCAUGAAAUAAUUUCUCUCUGAACACUAUUAGUCAGCUAGCCUGAACAUCAGUGACUGCGGUGGUAACACAUCAAAAGAUUUUAAUGUUCUGGUGUAGUGGAGCAAAUGAAACUGUAAAUUCAGCACAAUAACAUCUGCUGCUGCUGAUCGUCCAUUAAGAGCAUUUUCUGUGUAAUGCUGUGAUCCGAACACAUCAGCUUCACCUACAGAAUAACAGUGUAAGAGCAACCAGUUAGUGUGAUGUUGAGGCAUCUAUUUCUAGAACAGUGGUUCUCAAACAUCGUGACACAGGACUUUGUUGUUUUAAUGAAUUUAACAAAUUAAUUUCAAAAUCAAUCCUAAAAGGAUAUUUCACUCAAAAAUAAAAUUGUUAUCAUAUACUCUCUCUCUUUCCACUUGUUACAAACAUCUGUGAGAUACU